CCAAAGCCCAGCACUGCAGAAAUCAGCUGCGCUAAGAUGGCGACUCCCAUGCAUCGGCUCAUAGCCCGGAGACAGGCGGCAGAAAAUGUCAAGUCAAAAUUUUAAGGCCCAUGUUCUAUUUUUUGCUCUGCAGUGAAGCAAAUAAGCAACAUGUAAGAUGUCAGAAAUGCUUGGAAUUCGGACAUUGGACUUAUGAAUGCACAGGAAAAAGAAAAUACCUACAUAGGCCUUCAAGAACAGCAGAACUAAAGAAAGCUUUAAAAGAAAAAGAAAACAGGUUGUUAUUAUUACAACAAAGCGUUGGAGAAACUAAAGUAGAAAGAAAGUCCAAGAAAAAAAGGUCGAAGAGUGUAACCAGUUCCAGUAGCAGUAGCAGUGACACUUCAGCCAGUGAUUCUUCAUCAGAGAGUGAAGAAACAUCCGCCUCGUCCUCCUCGGAUGACAGUGACAGCGAUGCAAGCCACUCCAGCUCAUCAUCUUCAGCCUCUUCCACAAGCUCCUCCUCAUCCUCUGACUCAGACUCGGAUUCCAGCUCUUCCAGUGCCGGCAGUGCCAGCACAGACAGCACCUCUGAGGAUGAACCACCGAGAAAGAAGAAAAACAAAUAGAACUGCUGCAUCCUGAGGGACUAAAGACGUUAAUGUGUUUCUCAAAAGGGAAUUUAGAAUAUAUUAAGGCCAAAUAGGUUAACUGGUCAAAUUUUCUAGAGUUCAAAAGUUUUCCAUUGUAAAGGCAUAAAGACUAUUAAUAAUGGAUCAUACCAAUAAGCCUUUUUUUAUUGUAAGGGUGAAUCUUGUUUUUCAUUUGUAUCUUUAAGGUGUACCUCUAAAACUUAGAGCUGAAAUCCAGAAAAUAUGUUUUUUGUGAUGAAAUUUAUCUUUUCUCCCUGUGAAAUAAAUGCCAUACUUUGUUAAUAUGUUAGUGCCAUGCAUCAGACAUGUUUUCAGGAAAAUGCGUCAAGUAUCUGGCUGUGAAUUUCUAAUUCUUUGGGCUGUGUAUUAUUAUGUAAGAUUUCAUACAUUGUUAUGAUAAGUUGAGGCGUUUUCCUAUUGUUAAAAAAUGUGCUCUGUUUUUGUUUAUGUUCAGCAAGUUAUUCUGACUUGUCCUAAAUGAAAAGUUCAAGGAACCUGUUCAUAUAUUUAUACCUUUUGGAUGGUACAAGUUUCAACUCACUGUGUUGUGUCAUUCAUUUUAUUCUGGUUCUUAGAGUUACCCUCUCUGAGGAAAAUCAUUCUAGAGGAACCUAAAAAGGAACAAACUUCUGAAAUACUACUUAGGAGUCUAUAAUCUUGGUGACUUUUGAUAAGUUCAGUGUCAAAAAAGAUAACAGUCACUUAAAAGGCUAAAUUAAGUAAAAGUAAUAUAAAUGUCUGUAUCCUAUAAAAGAUACCAUUCAACAAGAAAAAGAAGGUAGAAGAUGAGGUAAUUUUUGCAGAAAAUUUCGGUGAUGUCAGUUGCCUUUUAUUGAGAUUUUUUUUUAAUUUCAUAAAGAUUUCCUUUUCCCAUUUUUUCAAUUGCAGUAUGACAGUUUAUAUGGUAACUGGUCAUAUGUGACAGUAUACUACCUAAAUAUGAGUAAUGGGUUAAUCUGGUAUGUUUACAUAGUUGAAAUCUGGUGUGUAUACAUAGUAUACACAGUUGAAAUCUAGCAUGAAAAGUUAAACACUGCACAAUAUUUCUUAUAAGUAAAAUACUUUGCUGUGGUGAAAUUAUUUGGAUUAACAUCACAGUAUUCUGUGAUGUCUUUUAAACUUUUUGGAAAGCUAUUGUAGAAAAGUCUUGAUUUGGGUUAAAUACAGGUUUUUAAAAUUAGAUGUCUUUUUUUUAUAUUUUUAUGGGAAAGUAGGAAAUUACUUUAGAAGAAAAUGGGCUUCUAUUUAAAUGUUGAAAUAUAUGUAUGUUGUGAGUUUCAGGAGCCUAUAAUUACCUGUAAGGUUUAUGCAACCAUCUGCUUUUAGUGACUGUAAAUUAACUCUCAAAACAUUUCAAAGGCUUCAUACAUAAAGUAUCAAUUGACAGGUAAACUUAAUAAAUUACUAAUUGAACACAUUUUACAAUGUUUGCUGCCUCUAUUACGGUCCUUUUUGCAGUUAAAGAACUUGGAAGAGAAUAAAAUGUGUACAUAGGUUGCAUUACUUGUAAUUAAAUAAAACCCAUAGUUUGUG